AUGACUAUUUCCGAGAACAAGGCCAGGUCCCUCAGAGGGGAACUUUACCAUGCAUUCACUCCACAGCUAGUUGCGGAGCGUCGUCGGUGUGCACGCGCCUGCACAAAAUACAACAAAGCAGGAGAAGAUGAGGCAAUGACCAGAAGACGUCAGGUCGAAUUGUGGAGGGACACAGAGGAUGAAGAUGAAGAACUACUAGCCUCCGAAGCAUGGGUUGAAGCUCCGUUCCAUGCAGACUACGGCACAAACGUACGCCUAGGAGAAGGUGUCUUCAUCAAUUUCAACUGCACCAUCAUUGAUACCUGUCUCGUUUCCAUCGGUUCGAGAACUCUGUUGGCACCAAACGUAAGCCUGUACUCUGGAACCCACCCUCUGGAUCCUGACCUGAGGAACGGAACAAACGGCCCAGAGUCUGGAAAGCCAAUCACGAUCGAGGAGGAUGUUUGGAUUGGUGGCAAUGUGACAGUCUGCCCCGGUGUGACGAUUGGAUGUGGCAGUACUGUGGGUGCGGGUAGUGUUGUGACCAAG